GAUGCUGGCAGAGUGCCUGCGCCUCUGGGGAUGGGUGGGAGACAAGCUGCAGCGGCGCUGGGGGAGCCUCCUGCUGUGCCAGGCCCUGGGCGCCAGCCCUGCCCGCCCCAGGCCCCCCUCUUGCCGGCGGAGGACGAGCCGUCGUGGGGUCCCCACCGCCUGGCGCUGCUCGUCCCGUUCCGGGAGCGCUUCGAGGAGCUGCUGGCCUUCGUGCCCUACAUGCACCGCUUCCUGAGCAAGAAGAGGAUCCGCCAUCACAUCUUCAUCCUCAACCAGGUGGAUCAUUUCAGAUUUAACAGGGCAUCCCUGAUCAACGUGGGCUUCCUGGAGAGUGGCAACGACACCGACUACAUCGCGAUGCAUGACGUCGAUCUCCUGCCCCUCAACGAGCAGCUGGACUAUAGCUUUCCAGAGGCAGGACCCUUCCAUGUGGCAUCGCCAGAGCUACACCCUCUCUACCACUAUAAGACCUACGUGGGCGGCAUCCUCCUGCUCACCAAGCAGCACUAUGAGAUGUGCAAUGGCAUGUCCAACCGCUUCUGGGGCUGGGGACGGGAGGACGACGAGUUUUAUCGACGUAUUAAAGGAGCCGGUCUCCAGGUUCGCCGUCCCUCUGGAAUCACGACUGGAUAUGAGACUUUCCAGCACCUGCAUGACCCAGCCUGGAGAAAGAGAGACCAGAAGCGCAUCGCUGCGCAGAAGCAGGAACAGUUUAAGGUGGAUCGGGAGGGAGGUCUGAACAACGUGAGGUACCGAAUUGAGUCACGGACAGCUCUGAGUGUGGCAGGAGCCCCUUGCACCGUCCUUAAUAUCUUGCUGGACUGUGAUGGAAGCGAGACCCCUUGGUGCACGUUUGGCUGAGCCUCCCUCCCGUGUGCCAGUUGUGUGCGCUGUACUUUUGCUGAGACGCCGGGGCUGCCACCAGGCUGCUUGGAACACGUGGGAUUUUUGCAGCAGACGAGUAUGGCAGUGCUGGCGAGACGCAGAGGAACAGAAAAGGCCGAGAACCGGGCUUCGCUGGGACCAACAGAAGAGGCUCAGAGCAGGACUCAGUGGUGUCACUGCAGAUGCUGGUGCUGCCUCCCAGGGCAGGUGCAGGAGGCCAUUUUCCUGCACUGGACAUGGCUGAGCUGCCACCCAGCUCAGAAGACAAUAAAGAACUGUCAGGGCACCUGUGAGUUGUGAAUGCCCUGGGCCAGGCCACACCACUCCUU